UAUUACUAAGCCAAGAUCUAAUACCGAAGUUUUAAAUCAUAGAGUGAAAGUCUUUCUAAAUAUUGAAAUUAUUUUGUUUAUCAACUUUCCCAUAUUUUGUACACCUACCACAUUGAAAUGGUAACCAUAGAAUGUUUCCUAAUAGGUAAGGAACAACUCGAAUUAAAAAUGCCUUACACAAUCUCGAACACAAAUCGCCUCAAUAGUCCACACAUAUGCACAACGUCAUUUCUCUAGCUUAGAAACAUCACCAACUUUUCAAAAUGGAAGAUCACUAGAGAAUUUCCUUGAACAUCAAAAGCAAAAACACAGACAGGAGUGAGCAUUCAAAAGGAAAGGCCUAAAAAUAUAGCUUACCUCGUCAAAUAAAGAAGAUUAGAUCAGAAAACUAUGAAACAUUCUUGUAUUGGCUGUCUUCUGGUCACAUGCUCACUAGUCAGUGUUACGUUGAGCACAGUACGACAUCAUGCUGAAGAAGAUCUCAGGCCUACAGUGAGAACCACGAGGACGUCUCAUCGAACACUGAAUCCAUCAUUUCCACAGACUUGUAAGGAUGUACGAAAAACAAAAGGCACCAGCAGACCUGUUGUUGUUUUAGCAGACGGCUUUGAGGUUAUGUGUGAUACCAGGACAGAUGGCGGUGGCUGGACGGUUAUUCAGAGGCGUGUGGAUGGCACUGUCAAUUUCACGAGAAAUUGGCAAGACUACAAAUAUGGUUUUGGUGAUUUUGACAAUGGAGAGUUCUACCUGGGGAAUGAGAAUAUCCACUUGAUUACAUCCCUUAGACACUACGAAAUGAGGGUUGACAUGGUCUACAAAGACAAACGAAAGUUCGCUUCCUAUUCUAUGUUUAGAAUCUAUGGUGAACCCGAAGAUUACAAGCUAAUAGUAGGCGGCUACUCCGGCAGUGCAGGGGACAGCCUCUCUCCUAUCCACAAUACUAUGAAGUUCAGUACCUACGAUCGAGACAAUGACGCCCACUCCAACAACUGUGCUAUGCUUUAUAAGGGAGGUUGGUGGUACAACGCAUGCCAUACUUCCAACUUGAACGGGAUCUGGGGUAUCAAGGAAUUUGGUCGUGGAGUCAAUUGGAACUCUUUUACAGGAUUUCACGCUAGUGCUAACUUUACUGAAAUGAAAAUACGCCCAAUACAUUGAUUUGUUUCCAAAUAUGCUUUCAACUGAACCUAUGGAUUUCUUGUAAGGUCAGAUUGUGUUGCACUACAGUAUGUACACUAUGUCAGACUUUGUUCGGGUAAAUUGAUCUAAUGUUACAUCUGUUGUAUGCUUUGAAGAGUUAAUAAACUUCAAGUGGCCAUUA